AUGCCCUCGGCCAAGUUGCUCAUCACCUGCCUCGUCGCUGGGAGUCAGUAUCUCAUUCAUCCCCGGAAACUGGCUUCCAUCCAGGAAACCAUCAACCCGGACGCCAUCCUGCCAGUGACGCUGCUUGAUACGCAAGAAAUCUAUGGUGAUUUGGAAGCGACGUUGCGCCUGUUUGAUGCAGUCGACGAUGUCUUCAUCCCGGAAUUCGGCUUCGUCGUCGUCGAGAAGCCCGGCACAAACUCCAGUGCCGUCUCCGGUCAGCGGCAUCUGGCACUGCUCGGGAAGCAACUCUACCAUCUGGCUUGGGAUGAGGUCGACGUAGUCGCGUCCAGUGAACUUGGGCAUCUGCCGUCUGGGCCGUACAUCCCUCACGGGCCAAAUCUACACCAGUCGUGGAAGCUCUACGAGGACGAAUUUGAUGCAUUUUCAGUCGGCGUGAUCCUGGAGAACGUGACGCGCGUGGGCGACUUCCGCGCGUUGAGCUCCCUAUCAGCCUCGGGUGCUCACCGAUUCAUCCCCGUUCCCUCCCUGCUCUACAGCCUGUUUGCCAGUGUCGAGAAGCCGCUCAGCGGCAUGCGGGUUUCCAUACCCGACUCUUCGGCUCUCCAAGGUGUCCAGACAUCCAUCUCGAGCCGGGCCUGGCACUCGCUUCAUUCCGGCCCGGCCGCCGUCACCUCCACCCUCGGCCGGCGGCUGAUGGACCUGGGUGCCAUCGCCGUGGGUAAGACGAAGUCGUCACAGUUUGGCGACGGCAGCGACUCCUCCGGCGGAGCGGCCGGGGCCGGGGCGGGAGCGGCCGGCUAUGGAUGGCUCAGGGCUGCCUUCGGAUUUGACGAGCUCGGUGGGCUUGGUGAGACGGCCACGAGUCACGGCGUCCUCUCGCUCCGCAUGACGCCCGGCCUGCUUCCGCUAGAGGGCUCCCAAGUCAACUCCCAGAAUCUUGUGUCCGCAGGCGUCUUGGGACGAGACGUGCUCGAGCUCUCCAAUAUCGUCUCGGCUUCCGUCAACCGUUCCGCGUGGGAGGAUAUACCACUUCCACGACGACUUGUCUAUCCAGUCGACCUUUUCGACCCUCCAAGUUCAGAGCAGCGCAGAGACCUGCUCUCUGCCUUUGUAAAGACGCUGGAGAACUCGCUGGGCAUCAAGGCAGAAACGUUUAACAUCUCUGCUCGCUGGACAGAGAGUCGGCCGGCGGAGGCGAGGGGUCAAAGCCUGCAAGCGUACAUGCAGGUUGCACCCUUCCGAGCCUAUUGCUACGAGUUUUACCAUGCCUAUGACGAGUUUCGGGACCGGUACGAAGCCGAGUUUGGCCAUGGCCCGUACCUCGAAGCGACGGUGCAGCACAGAUGGAAGAUCGGCGAGACGGUAACGGAGCAGGAAUAUCGAGAAUACGGGCAGCGCAUUGGCGUAUUUCGCAAGUGGUUCAACAUUCAUGUGAUGAACGUCACUGCCGGUGCACCCCAGGCGGCGAUGAUUCUGCCGUUUGACAGGGACGGGCCAAGCUACAAGGAUGAGAAACCGAGGGCACCCGCAUCGCCUCAGGGUGUCACGGCCGAGCUUCUCUCCGCCGUGCUGCAGACGCCGCAGAUGAUGGCACCGUUCGCCCAGCUGCCGUACAAGUCCAGGGUCAGCGGUCGGAAGGAAUACCAUGCCGUCCACGGAUCGAUCAUGGGCAUCCAAGGAGGCGGCCCGACAGUCAUCAGCACCGUACAGAAAGCGCUGGAGUCGGCCCUAUGGCGGUCAAGGGUUGACGUCGGGCGGCUCGCAUUUCCGGUAGGGAACAACUCUCGCAACGUCGACGACAGCGGAUCCGCCGGAAAGGCCAACUAUGCUCUGUCAAAGCAUUCCCGCGCCGCCCGCCGCGCCACAUCACCGGGCAUCAACACCGACAAGUCCCUGAAGGACGUUGACCUUCCCUCCUCGACCGCCGUCGGCAUCCCCUCAUCGGCCAGGCCUUCGAUCCUCGCCGUUCACGGAUCGGCCGGCGUGCAAAAGAAAUCCAAGCCUGUCCGCAAAGGCCGGCUAUCGGCCAAGGCGAGGCGGCGCCACGAGCGCGGGCUCGAGAUGGCCGAGGCCGUCACCGAGCGCACGGGCAAGAAGAUCAAGCGCAGCUUCGAGAGGGCACGCAACAUUCAGUCGCGCGCCAAGACGUGGGAAGAGGUGAACAGGGUCGCCGAGGAGGCCGAGGAGGGGGGCAGGGCGCUGCAGCGGAAUGCCUUUGCCGCGCUCGACGACGAUGAGCACGGAGGGCAAGAGGAGGACGGGGACGACAAGGGCUGGGCGACGGACGAAGACAGCUCCGGCUCGACGUCUAAGGCGGCCGAGGAUGCGCAAAGUUUGCCCGUCAGCGGCGUGCCUAUUCCCGCGGGCAGAGACGACGACGAUGACGAAAUUCUAUAG